UUCUUCGUCUAUCUCUCAGAGAAGAUGGUGCUGGACUAUGGAACCCAUGUUAUCACUAGUGUCGAUGCGGGGGCUACUUUGGUGCAGGAAGACUACCUUAGUUCCUCAUACGUGUCGGACAGUGUGGCAGAAAGUUCCUCUAUGAAAGCACAGGCAGGGUUAAACUUUUUUGACAAACUCAAGUUUGACAUAAGCAGUCAAAGCGCCCAACAGAGCUCAUCACUUCAAACGUAUCAGUCCAACAUUCAGUACUCUCUUAUCCAAAGCCAUGGUGGCGGCACACCUUUCUAUCCUGGCAUCACUCUGCAGAAGUGGCAGGAAAGUACCAGGAACAACCUGGUUGCUAUUGAUCGGUCAGGAUUUCCCCUGCACUACUUUAUAAAUACCAACACCUUCCCUGACCUACCACAGCCUACAGUUGGCAAAGUGGCUGUUACAGUGAGUCAGGCCAUAGAGCGAUACUACAAGGUCAACACGCGGCCUGGAUGUCAUCGUCAAGUGUGUCAGGACAACUACCACGUUCGCUCUGCUCGCAUCAACACCUACUGGUGCUCUGUAAACGGACAGGCCCCAGACAACUCUGGGUAUCUGUUUGGGGGAAUAUAUAGCCCCUCUCUGCUGAACCCCCUCACCAAUGCCAAAAGCUGCCCCCCGAACUUCAUUCCAGUAAAGUUUCUCUCAGAUGGCCAAGUGAUCUGUGUGAGUAACGACUAUGAAACUGCCACCAGAUACUCAGUACCAUUUGGAGGCCUCUUCAGCUGUCAGUCAAGCAACCCAUUAGCAGGGUUCCAACGUCGCUGUCCUCCCAAGUUCAGUCAGCACCUCGCUACAGUGAGCGACGGCUGUGAAAUUCUUUACUGUGUCCAGUCAGGACUGUUCACAGGUGGGCAGCUGCUUCCGAUCCAUCUGCCUCCUUUCACUAAACGUCCUCUUGUGAGCAUGCAAGCCACAAACACGGUCCUUGUGAUGACUGAAGGAGAUAAGAGCUGGGUCAGAGUGGGGCAGACCAAGGCGUGGAAACUGGUCAAACCAGAGGAAAUCAAGGACAUUUUAAAGAAGCUUAAUCCUGAACUGAAUCAGAUGUCUAGUGGAGAAAAAGCAGGGAUUGCCUUUGGUGUGAUAGGUUUAAUGGUGCUGGUGGUAUUGGCAGUACUCCUGGUGAAGAGAAGGAGGAGGCUGUCUGGGUUUAGGACAACUAGAGGCUAUGAGCAAAUACGUGGAGAGGUUGACAGUCAGGAGACACAGCACGAUGAGGCUUAA